GAGACUGAGCCCAAUCUAUAUGAAGUCAGCGCAGAAGGUCGAGAGCAAUAGCAGAAAACAAGCUAUGGCGGAAGAAGCGAAAGUUGCACAAACUUCCGAUCCUCCGUUACCGUUUGAUCCUAGUCGGAUGGUUGGUAUCAUCAAAAGGAAGGCGUUGAUCAAAGACUUGGCUGCGGUGUACCAUGCUGAAUGCCUUGCAUACUGUCAAGAGCUUUUGGAACUUCAAACAAAAUGGGAAGAGCCAUUUAUCGACAUAAAAACUCCAGAGGAAUCAAAAAAGGAGACAGCACGACCCUCUAAACGAAUGAAAAAGUUGCGUUAGGCUUUCCGGCGGUUGCCCCAUAAGGCCAUAACUCAUUCUAGACCGCAUAUAUGCACCAUCAGAGGAUACCUUUUCUUUGCUGUUGGUGUACCCGUUUCUAUCAGAGCAUACAUUUAAUCUAUUAUUGGUGUACUUUUCAAACGCUACUGGGACGUCAUGUUUGAGGUUUCAUCCAUCAGCAUGCUGCAUGCAGCCAUGGGGCAUUUCCCAUUGCUCGAUAUAAUAGAUAAAUGUGAUAAGGUCUUUGUUGGGAAUGUUGUAUAGAAUAUUUUCAGUCCUGCGUCCAGGUGUUGGGUACAGCCUAUUGUCAAUAUUUUAGCAUUGAAUUCUUAUUUUUCCUUUUUCAAAUUAAAUGACUCAACAGACGGCUUACA